AUGCCAGCAAUUACUCUCGAUCCACUUAUUCAUCUAGAAGAUCUUGAUAUUCAAAAUAUGUAUUCAUUAACUGAGAACGAAUUGAUUCAAUUAUUUAAUGAAUCUUCUGUAUCAAGAAAAAAAUUUCAAUAUUUAAAAAAAUUAUCAUUACCUCGAUAUGCUACAGAUAAUAUUAUUGCAUUAAUAUCACGAUCAACAUAUUCACUAAAAUUAACUUGUCUUAAUUUGAGUAGUUGUUCAUCUAUUACAAAUCGAACAGUCAUAUUUAUUACUAAAUACAUGCAUAAUUUAAUUGAAUUAAAUCUAAGUUAUUGUUUGAAUAUCACCGAUUUUGCAUUAUUUGGAAUACCAAUAAAAACAAAUGAAAAAUUAAUUGAUUGGUUAGACGAACAAGAAAUUAGAAAACAGUUUAUAAAUGAUUUAAUAUCUUUAUCACCGACUAUUUUCAAGUAUUCAGAGAUACAUGAUCAACAAGUUUGCCAUUGUACACAGAUAAAUGUAUCAUCAAAAUGUGCAUAUUUAACUCUCGAUUAUUCUAAAAAAAGUAGUUUCGAAUCAAUAUUAUCAAUAUUAACAAAUAAUCAAUUAUUUUUAAAAUAUUUUCAUCCAAUUAAAAAGCUAAAACAAUUAAAACGAUUAUAUUUGAAACAAUGUAUUCAAUUAACUGAUCUAAUAUUAUUUUAUGCAUUAGAAUUUCCCACAUUGGAAAUAUUAGAUUUAAGUUAUUGUGAGCUAUUAACAGAUAAAUAUUUACAUCUAAUUGGAGAAAAUAAUCCUUGUCUUGAGUUGAUCAACAUCAUUAAUUGUAGAAAUAUAUCCGAAUAUGGAGAAGAACAAUUGAAAAUGAAUGCCAAACGUCUAAAACUAUUCGAAGAUUAA